CAAAGAGAAAGUGGUUUUAAUGACUUAUGGCUGGAAAUUUCAACCAAGGCAAGGGAACUGAAUAUUAAGGAGCCAAAUUAUCAAAGACCUAACAAAACAUCAAAUAGAUUUAUUAAAAACAGUGAACAAAAUUCACCUUCAUCGGCUUUAUCAGUUAAAGAUAAAUUUAAACUUAUAUAUUAUGAAAUAAUAGAUGUUACUGUAUUAGUACUUAGUGGUAAAUUUCAACAAAAUUUAAUCGAUCAUUUAUGUUUAUUAGAGAAAUUUGUUUAG